UCUCGGCGGUUGGGUUUGUUUUACUUCAAUUUAUUAUUUUUUUUAAUCCUCCUCCGAGCCUUGUCCCAUCGCCCGGGGGAGGAUCCGGCUGCCCCUUCCCUCCCCCAGGGCCAUGCCCCGUGUCCCCCCAGUGCCCGUACCCUCCACCUUGGGAUGGGGGGACACAUGGAGCCCCAGAAGCUCUGUCCCCCCCAUCCCUGGGGACAGGGCCGUGUCCCCAGCGCCUCUCCCCCUGCCUGCAGCCAUCCUGGAGGUGCACGAGGAUUUCUUCAUGUACAAGAGCGGGAUCUAUCGGCACACGCCGGUGGCCGAGGGGAAGGGGCCGAAGCACCAGAGACACGGGACCCACUCGGUCAAAAUCACGGGGUGGGGAGAAGAGCAGCUGCCUGAUGGCCAGACUCAAAAAUACUGGACGGCGGCCAACUCCUGGGGCACGGCGUGGGGCGAGGGCGGCCAUUUCCGCAUCGCCCGCGGCGUCAACGAGUGCGAGGUGGAGACCUUCGUGGUGGGCGUCUGGGGCCGCGUCAGCGUGUGAGGGAUC